AGCACCUACUAUUUUUUUCCGGGCUUAUUUAAAAAUGCGAAAAAUUUAUAAAAUAAUUCCGGCCUUUUCUGACUCCUAAAAAACCUCUGGUGACCGUUGGACAGAAGCGCGGUUUUUCUGCUCGCCUUCCCCCCUCUCCUUCAUUUACUUUGUGAAGGCAAGCGCAGCAUUGGUGGCAGCAUUGGCAGCAUCGGCAGCAUCCCUUCAGUUGAUCCUUGGCAUCGGGGCUUCGUGCACAUUUUCAGAAAUGGCUGACGACGGAGCUGAUAAGAAGCGCGGCAGGCCGAAGAAGUCCGAGACUGGCGAAAAGCGCGCCAAGGAGGAACCCUCCAACGACGAGCCGAAAGCAAAGAGGGGGCGUGGUCGCCCCAAGGGCAGCAUCAAAAAGAAGAAGGCUGCUGCCAAGACUGCUGCCAGCCCCAAGAAGACCCCCAGCCGUGGACGGCACCGAAAGGCGGCAGCCGACAAGGACACUGGUUCCGAUGAUGCCGGAGGAGACCAGUCCGACUGAGUGGUUCUAGCAGAUUGUCCUCAUUACUCGCUGGAGUUUUCGUGGAUGACAUCAACACGGCGAAUCAUUGCAAGGCUCAUCACAUUCUUCUGUUUCCACUCGUGUUGGUUCAUCUCAAGUUUUAGCCAGCAUCGUAUAUCACUGCUCCACGGCAUUUGCUCUCCCAUGUGUGGUGCUCCCAUUCCAACCAAAUAAAAUGAUCCGUCUUUUGA